AUGCCUUCCCCAACUGAAGAAGUCCGCGCCGUAUGGACUUCUGACCAAGGGUCGAUGGCUCAACAGACGGCCGUCACCAGGUGGCCCAAGAUUGUUGAAGGAACCGUUGACGAUAUUGACGAGACCGCAGCCUCUUCCGACAAGGAAAAGCGGGCCGAGAGGGCUGCCAUGCGGAUUGCGCUGCAGGAGAUCAUGCAUGAGAUCGAACGGAACGAGCCUUUGAAACCUUUACGAGAAGAUGGAGUGCCUGGUAUUGGUGAUUUUAACAAGCAGCUCAACGGGAUUGGAAGUUGCAGUUGGUUGGAUUGCCCGUGGCUAUUUGCAGAGUGUUACCUGUAUAGGCGCAUCCAGACCAUCUUCAACGCAUCCAAAAACUGGCAGGGCUAUGACGUAUUCAAGCGUCGAAAAGACUCAACUUUUGUCACGUCACGAGCCGCCGUGGAAGAGCUCGCCAGCCGCGAGGAGGCGCAGCGGUUGCUGUUCAUCGAAAUGACCGAAAUUGCACUGUGGGGAAACGCCACCGAUUUGUCUCUGCUAAGCCAUUUAAGCAUGGAAGAUCUGCAGGAUCUCCAGGGACAGGACGCCAUCCAGAAGAACCAGAAGAAUAUCGUGGAUAAUGAUACUGAUGCCGUCUGGGCGUACCUCCAGUGCACGCCAUCGCCGGUAGAUCGCCAUGUGGACAUCGUGUUGGACAAUGCUGGGUUCGAGCUCUUCACGGACUUGAUCUACGCGGCUUAUCUCUUGGAUUCUCAGAUCGCAACUUCGGUGCAAUUGCAUACAAAACAGUUCCCCUGGUUCGUCAGUGAUGUCGUUCUGACUGACGUGGACUCACUUUUUGAGCAUCUCGGAUCAGCCAAAUGCUUCCCUGACCGCGAGUACCUCGAUCGACUGGUUCCGCGACUACGCAAGUUCUUUGAGUGUGGCGCUAUUAGCACAACGAGUGAACCGUUCUGGACAACCCCCUACUCCUUUCAUGAGAUGCCGAACAGAGCACCGGCUCUUUUCGAUCAACUUCAGUCCAGCUACCUUGUCAUAUUCAAGGGCGAUCUGAACUAUCGUAAACUAACCAAGGAUGGGCUGUGGCCCUACACUACGUCAUUCCGGGAGACGCUUGGUCCCUUGGGGAAGAGCAGAAUGAAGAUCCUCGCUCUUCGCACGAACAAGUCCGACACCUGCGUUGGUGUAGAGAGUCAAGUCAAGGUGGACGCCUUGAAUGCCGAAGCUCCAGGCGGUGCCUGGGUCCGAAAUGGGAGAUACGCUGUGAUAUCUUUUCAUGAGGGUCACUGUUAA